ACCCUUCGCGCACGAAUCGGAGGACGUGUACUCGCACGACGAGCGGCAGCUCACGAACCCGCUCUCCGGCGGCCAUAUCCACAUCGACUGCCACGCGACGAACAAGGGCCUCUUCUCCGGCAUCUUCGUGCUCAUGGGCACCAUCCUCGGCAUCUUCGUCUUCUUCAUGCUGGCGCAGAGCGACGACGAGCACCGGCAGGAGGGCGCGCGCAUCGUCAGCAACGCGCACGAGCUGUUGCUGCGCAUCUGCACGCUCGUCGGCUGCGUGUGCGCCUUCCGCUACACGUCGCGACUCGUCGACGCGCACGGCUGCGACAACACGUUCCUCGACGACUUCCUGCUGUUCGCGUCUCUGCCGAUGUUCUACGUCUACUGCGGCUUCGGUGUCAUGGCGGCCGCCUUCACUCCGAUGAGCUCCGUCGUCGUCGGCACGCUCGUGCUCUACGCGGUGUCGUUCUUCGAGAUGCCGCUGCAGACGACCUUCAUCAUGGACGGACUGCGGCGCGGCGCCGACGCUAGGCUCGCCCGCCGUAAGCCCGGCCGCGGAAUCAUCAUGUUCGUGCUGAUCGCCAACCUGUGCGUCUGGCUCGUGCUGACGUUCGAGGUGAAGACGCAGUUGCAGGUCGUGGAGACGGCUUUCUACGGCUACACGACGUGGACAAUCAUCAGCAAGCUGUGCGUGCCUCUCACCAUCUUCUAUCGCUUCCACUCGGCCGUCUGUCUGUGGGACAUCUGGGAUCAUGCCUACAAAGAGCACCCGCUCUAAGUGAGUGGGGAUGGGGGGUCGACUGUAAACCUAAGACGAGAGAAAACAGUAUUGAAUCGUCUCUAUGUGGGACCCAAGAUCAUGCCUACAAGGGGGAUCAGCACUGGAUGGUCUCCAUGUGAAACCCAAGAUUAUGCCUACAAGGGGAUCAGCACUGGGGCUCCAUCUAG